CCAGCUUCAAACGGCCUGAAGAUAGCGUCGUCACUGAUCACCGUCUGAGUUGAAUUUCGAGACUUCGAGAAAUAGGCCAUAAUUUCUCUGAUAUCGGGCCGGCCACCGACCAGACCUUCCUCUCUCUCCCUCAAACUCCCGAUUCGUUUCUUCCUCCGAAUCGACUUCUUUGACGGAGGUUCCCUAAAUCCAUCAAGCACGAUGCCAUACAACACAACGGCGAUCCCUCCUCGGAAAGAAGUGACGGGCCAGACCCAGUUGCCGCUUACGAGAGUGAAGAAGAUCAUUGCAGUCGACCCUGACAUCACCGUCUGCUCAAACAAUGCAGCCUUUGUCAUUACCCUGGCGACGGAGAUGUUCGUCCAGUACCUCACUGGCGAGGCCCAGAACAUGGCCAAGCUGGAGCGUAAGCCUCGACGGAAUAUCCAGUACAAGGACAUGGUCGCCCACAAAGACAACCUCGAGUUUCUCGAGGACGUGAUCCCCAAGACGGCCUCAUAUAAGGAAGUCAAGAGCAAGGCCGCAGCGGCGCGUGCACGAAUCAACGGCGAAACGCCCGCCGCGACAGCGUCGGCCGAGGCGGACCGGCCGACAGACGGCUUGCCCAACGGCAAGAGGUCAAAGUCCAUCAUUAACGGCUCCGCGCCCUCGGCAGCAACCAACGGCGCAUCGCGGGGUAGGGUUCAGUCCUCUGACGCCGCGGACCCUAGCGAUCAGCUAGAGACGGAGAUGAGGCAGGCACAGCAACAUCACGAUGGGGAUGUGGACAUGACGGGUUAGAAUGCCAGC